GAAAAAAUGGGUAGGGGGUGGGAGAGAGAGAGAGAGAGAGAGAAAGAAAGAACGAGAGCAGUGAGCUCUCCCAGAGGAGUUCAGGCUCGCAGUGGGAGCACAGUGCUGACAAAGAGACAGCAUGGGAAUGAGAGGGAAUAACACAGACUGAACUGGCAUUAAGCACAGUGCUCUGCUCACCGCUGUACAAACAAGGACAUCCCAGAAGUACAGACACCAAGGUCUGAAAAGGAAUGAAUAACAAGGAUACAAGAAAAUUGAAAGACUGAUACAAGACUGGAGAACAGAGGCGUGCAGUGGAAAACAGAGGAGCCCAGAGAUAAAGAGGGUAACGCAAAACUGUAGCGACAACCUGACAAAAUUCAGACAUCCUCAACACUUCAGAACAACAUCCAGAAACAGAUAGGAAGAAGAAAACUACUUAAAGGACUAUAACCAAGAAGAGGGCAGUUGACAUACAUCAGCUCCAUCUUCAGCUGUCCUCCUCUGUACACUGGAGGAAGAAAUAAGAAAUAGGUGAAAGGCAGCCAAGAGACAAGUGGGACAACAGAAGAAUAAGCCAGUUAAAAAGAAGAAAGUAAAGACAGAAAAAAAUAGGGACUAGUAAAGGAGUAACCCAAUCUUACCCUGGAGUGUAUGACCAGCACUCUGCUCAGCCCAGCAAGGAAGAUGUCCAAGUCCUCCUCCCGUCUUGGUCGACCAUCAUCAGCAGGAUCUAAGAGCCCCAGCUUGAGAAAAGAGCUACAGGGCAAUCGUUCGUGUAUGCUACGGAUUGGAGAAAGACUGAUGAGGGCAGGCAGUGAGGGGAACCUUGUACAGAGACCCACUACUUCACAGAACCAAAGCCAAACUUCCUCAACUGGGCAAGGAUCGAACGGCCAAAGACAGCCUCAAGUCCUGAAGGACAAACCCAGUGAGCUUAAAGGAAAUAACUCUAGUAAAGCUCUAUGCUCUCCCAGUACCUUCCCUCGAAGCCAUGCUCCUCCUGCUGGUGCCAGCCACGGAGACAGUCAGCUGGACAGCUUCAUAAUGCAGCACCCUCAUGUGGAAAGGAAGAAAGAGGUGUUCCUGGAUCAUCUGAGGCAGAAGUAUCCUCACCAUGCUGCCAUUAUCAUGGGACGCCAGGACCGUGUGAAGGAACAGGUAAGGAGUCCUCGACCUUCUGAACCUCCCCCAUGUGCAGGUGUGCGGGGCUUGGUGGAAGAGCAGGACUCUUUGGCUUCAGAAACCAUGUCUGAUGGAGACUUACUUCCCCCAUCAGUCCCCUUUACAAGGGGCUCCAAAGCCAGAGCAAGUCUACCUGUGGGACGCUCAAGUGGUCAGGCAAGAGAGAGGUCUGGUGUACUGUACCUGCAGUAUGGAGAGGAGACAAAGCAGGUCAGAAUGCCCCCUGAAAUCAGCAGUGAGGAUGCUCUGCGGGCCCUGUUUGUCACUGCGUUCCCUCAUCAGCUCACCAUGAAGAUGCUGCAGUCUCCCAACAUGGCCAUCUUCAUCAAAGACACCAGUCGCAAUGUUUACUACGACCUGGAGGACAUACGAAAUAUUACAGCCCAUUCUUACCUGAAGGCUUAUCAUAAAGACCCAGCACAUGUGUUCCAACGCCAUGCCAGACCUGCCAACACAGAGGGAAGGAUCUCCAAAGAGGUGUUGUAUGGAAAUCACAGUCCAGUCCACACUUUACCGUCAUCCAGUCGCAGCACCCUGCACAGCCUGCAAGGCUCUAUGUCCCCACCCAUGGUCCGCUCCAUGCCCUCCUCCCCUUCCAGGAUGGCAUACAGUAGAGGUGGUGGUGGGGUUGUGGACCCGGGCAGUGCCAUAUUACCUCGGGAACACUUGUCCGGCUCAGGGCGAUCCAGCUCUCUGUGCACCACCAGCAGUGCCAUACUGGAGAGGAGAGAUGUAAAGCCUGAUGACGACGUUGGUGGCAGCAAGAGCAUGGCCUUAGUAGUGCGUGGUGAUGGAGGCCCACAUUACACAGAUCCCUACUGCUCCUCCCUGCAGGAGGGAGGGGGAGGUCGCCUCAGCAUGUCCUCCUCUCAGUAUAGUGCUCCUCCGUCUCUCACUGCAGACAUGGUGGAUGCAGGGGUCCUAGGGAUCCCAGGGGGACUGCAACAAUACCGCGCUUCCGUUAAACCCCUGAUGGGCUACGGAGAGAGCAUGGAACACCAGAAUCGCUCCCUACACAGGCAGAAAAGCAGAAAGUAUGGUGACAGCCAGCUCCCUCCAUUGGGAACCAAAACCCCACCACCUUCCCCUCACAGAGCCAGUGACGUUAGGAUGCUUGAUGGGCAGAUCAUUGGAGGGGUGGGCCUGGUACCUCUGGAGAGGAUGUCACCGAUUCGCCGUUCCCUGCGGCGGGAUAGUAAUGGGACCACGGUGGAGAUUGUGAACAGAAGCCGAGGGAGUGGCUCGUCAUCCUCCACCUCAUCUGUAUUUGUGGACAGUCCUCUGGGACAACCUGAGAGACUGUUUCAGGGCCAUGUCACCUCCAGCAAUGCCCAGAGUGAAAGAAUGAAAGCAAUGGAGGAGCAAAUAGCUAGUUUAGCAGGGCUUGUGCACCACGCUUUGUCUAUGGGAUCCGAUGUUCCAGGGGUCAAGGACACCAUUAGUCAGAGUACUGGACGCCAACUCCUCAGCAGCAGAAUUGGAGUGUCAUCUGAGGCUUCCAACCCUGCUGCUGUGAUUGGCAGCUCCGCCCCCACCCCUCUGACUCCUCAGGCCUCUCCUUCUGCCAGCAGGUUGCAGCAACAACUAGAGUCUGCAAAGACAAAUCUGUGUGAUCUGCGAAUGCAACUCAACCAACUCAGACAGUUACAGCUAUCCAACCAGGAGAGUGUAAACUCCAUGCUGCGGAUGGCAGGCCAGGAACUGGUGGUGCUAAUGUGUGACCGGAUGGCACAGUCUGAGGAGGCAGUUUAUAGACGGAGAGCUGAGAUAGAAGAGGAGAGAAUCUGCUUCCUGGCUACUGAGGAUAACAUACUCACACAGCUCAGUGAAUUGGAGGAAUAUGUGGACAGUUUACAAAGAAGCUCCGCCUGCAGUCCCAGUCACCUGUCAGUUACACUGAGAGACGUGGAGGAAGGAGCAGUCAACCUGAGAAGGGUUGGAGAAACUCUGGCAAUCCUCAGAGGUGAGUUUCCAGAGCUGCAAAUGAAGAUGCGCUCAGUGCUGAGGUUGGAGGUGGAGGCAGUGCGUUUUCUGAAGGAGGAGCCUCACAAGAUGGACUCCAUGUUAAAGAGGGUCAAAUCCUUGACUGAAACCCUGAGUUCUCUCCGCAGGUGUGUGUCAGAGUCAAAUCCUGCAUCCAGAUCAGCUCAUGGGGACCAUCUAAAGACCCUGAAACCAGACCCCAGAUCCCCAAAGACACAGAGCCCCCAGAGCUCCCCCAAACCCCAGCCUCGAUGUUCAGUUAGACCCCCUUUGCCCGCCCCAUCUGUCUCUGGAAGUCAAGCUGAGGUCAGCUUGGAUGGUUCAGCCUCACCCAUCCUGCCCAACAGAAUGAAGACCACACCUGCCUCAGUGGUCCAGAGCUCUUACCAAUACCCCAGUCCCCCUCUGACACCCAGUCAUGGACGAGACUCACCCACUGUGGCCAAGGUAAGUCCACGCAGCAGCCCCGCCCAUCAGACGAGAUCUGGUCUUCAUCAGCCUGAUGGACUGGACCAAUGUGCAACAACACCAGCACAGAAGAGGCACAGUGAGCAGACAGUGCAGAGUGCAGAGAGACACUCUCCAGAGGGCGUUCAGAGUCUAGAAAGCAGCUGUAUGAGCCCGCCCAGCACCACUCAGGCAAACCAGCCAGCCACUGCCCUCAGCACCAGCACAAAUGUUCACAAGGUCCUCCAAGACGCUCAAGCACUUCUGAUGAAUUCCAUACCUGAUCUGGACUUGUCAGAUCCUAGUGAGGGUCAGUCUGAUUCUGCCUCUGGACAAACAGCUCUUACUGCAUCAAAGCCGGAGAAGGUCAAACCUCUUGAAGUGACACUGCAAGCAUCUGUGGAGCAGCAGCGCUUUCUGUCUGAUGAGAAGGAAGACACACCUCCCAGGCUGAGUGAUGAGGUGGACUCCACCCAGUUAAAGCCCCCAGACAUAGUUUCAGCUGCAGACUCUCAGCAUCCUGCAGCCGCAGUGGACAUUCCUGUGUCAGUGGCUCUGUCGACUCCUCCGUUACCUGUUCCACCAGCUUCUUCCGGGCCAGAGAGCAGCGGCCGGCCACAAGUGGAAAAACCCCGUCGCUCCAGUGUGGAUAAGGAGAUGAAGCAGAGUCCAGAUAGGGCCAGCCAGUCUCCUCCUCCUCCUCCUCCUCCUCCUCCUCCUCCUCCACGAAGGUUCCAGGUGGCUGUCAAUUCAGGUCUUACCACAGGAAGGUCAGGAGAAGUUGUCUUCACCAGGAAAGAGCCUGUUGGAACUCAGGAUGAGGGUGAUAAAGAGAAAGAGGUGCCCAUGGCUCCCCAGCCCAAACCCCCAAGACAGGCACCAGAGAUCAAACCUAAACCCCAGAUCUGUGUCCCUACACUUCUGGCUGGUUCCACUGCAACCUCUACUACAGCCUCAUCACACUGGGAGGAUGAGGAUGAGGAUGAGGAUGAGGAUGAGGAUGAGGAUGAGGAUGAGGAGGAUGGGGACAACAAAUUCAUGAAAGAACUGCAGGGAACUGCAGAAUUUCCAAGUAAGAAUCCUUUACCAGGUGGAAAUAAACAAAAGGCACAAGGAAAAGCAAGGGCCUCUCCAAUGUCACAACAGACCAAUCAAAAUCCUACUGAGACAGCAACAUAUGAGCAGCAGGCAAGCCCUCAUCUGGGAAUGAUAAAUCACUGCCGUCUUAAAACCAUAACAAUACAUGGACUUGAAGAAGACAGUAAAGGUGGUAAAAACCGUGCAAGUCUUAAUAAGAAGAAGGAUGUGGAGGUGAAAGUUAAACAAAUGGCUUUCUUUAACUAUGUACCAGAAGAGCAAACUCUUCAGCAGAAUGAGGAGGGACCAACACAAACCCCUCAGAAAGGAGAGAAAAAGGAGGAACUUGAUGUUUCAACUACCCAGAAAGGACAUGAAAAGAAGAACACCAUGAACACUUCUAAUCACAUUAACAAUAAAGUUGCUGGACACGUGUUCUCACCAAGGACAGCAGAGAACAAGGUCAAGUUUACAGCAACUGUAACGCUACAAAAAGAAAACACUCAAGGAAGUAUCAUAAGUACUAAACAGACAAACGAAAAAGUUGUCAAAGAAGUACCAUCUGAGAAAACGUCUAAUUUGACAGUAGUUGUAACUUUACAAAAAGAAAAUCCCCUAAAGGAUGGCUCGAUAGAGCAGCCACCCUUCCAGCAGUCCCUGAGCACAGAUCAAGAGCCUAUAGCAUCGACUCCAGUUCUAAAAUCUCUCCCCUUUUCACCCAGUUUGACCCAGAAGCAGGAGGAAACCAUGCAUGGUUCACUGUACACAGAAGAUGGAGGCAGUCUGAACCCUACUUGGUUGGACGAUGAGGGACCACCUCCUCCACCUCCACUAAGUGGUAAAGUUAUCUUGAAGACCAUGUUGAGGACACAAUACAAAGAACAAGACCCAGCAAAAAUGAAUGGCUCUGACAUGCAGCAUGUAGCUUGUAGCAGCACUGGUAAAGGCACUUACGCAGGGUAUGAGAACCAUGGUUUUGCGGACAGCAGUGAGUCUGGUAUAGAACCCUUUAUUUUUAUAUUGAAUGACCCUAUAGAAAUUGAGUCAGCCUACAAACGUCUGUCUACCAUCUUUGAAUGUGAGGAAGAUCUGUUCCCAGAAAUGAUUGAGAAUGGAGAAGAAACAAAACAACGGGAACAAUGUCCUGGAAGUAGAAUUUCCAUCAAUGACAUAAAUGCGUGCUUAGGCUUUAAGGAUGCCACAACAAAUCAUCAGAAUUCUCCUAAAAUGCAGCAUGUUAGCUCUUCAUGCAGUGAAGACCCACUUCCUGAAAACCAAGACCAAGAUAAACCAGACUCAGUGAGAAAGGCUAAAAGGAAGUUCAAAUUCAAGUUCCCCAAAAACAAACUAGCUGCAAUUAGCCAAGCACUUCGAACAGGGGCAAAUAAAACACCAAAGAAGACCCUUGAAGUUGUUGUGUAUGAGGAAGAGGAGGAAAUGACUUCAGACAGCAGCCCAGCCAAGGAGACCCAGAAGCAGACAAAGGAAUCCAAAAGGUUUGAGAUAAAUAGCACCUCACCCUCAAGCUUGGGAAAAGGCAGUGAUGUCAAGGUCUCCUCUUCUAUUGAGGCCAGACACUCCAAGGCUCAGGAGCUCUGCAAGAACACACUUGACUCUAUUAACAGUUUGGAGGACUCCAUUAAACAGUUGGAAAUCAGUGUGGAUAGUAUAACUCCUCCCCCUUCCUCCUCCUCCACUGUGUCUUCACCUCCUCAAACCCCUACUUUAGCCUCUGAGUCCACUGAUAGAGCUCAGCGUAAAAGCAAAGUCAAACAAGGAAGGGAGAGAAGCCCCUCAAAAAGGCCUGCCACUCAGAUCCUCAAGGGCCCAAAUCCACCUGAGAUUAAGCGAGCCAAAUCACAGCCUCCACAUGACACAGGGAAAAUCAUCACCAAGAAACAGACCUCCCGAAGCAGCUCCAGUUCUCCAGCUCAGCAUUCCAAAUCUUGCCACUCAUCCUCCUCUAGCUCACAAGAGAAGAAACAACAGCAGCAGCAGGCCAACCAGAAGCAGCCCAGCCAGCCACGUCUUGUCACCAUCCCACGCUAACGCCAGCCAAGCCCGCCGCAAGUCUCGCAGCAGCAGCAGCAGCAGCAGCAGCAGACUUCAGCACUGCCUCGUCCUCGCCUCCACCACCAGCACCACCACCAGCACCACCUCCUCCCAACACGGCUUCUACUCUUCAUCCUCCUACUCUUCACCCUCGCCCUCCUCUUCCUCCACUUCGUCCUCCCUGUCCCCGACCUCCUCCCCCUCUUCACCGCCCUCCCCGUCCUCCUCCCACCUCCCCAGUACAGUGAGUCAUGGGGUGAGGAGUGGCCGAACAUCAGCAUCCAACCCCAGCUCUCCAGGCCACAGCAAGAAGCGCACAGGGAGCCAAGCAGUGCGAUUACUGCGCACAGCACUGACACCCUCUAAGUGAUGUGAUGUGAUGGUUUCAUGUUUCUAAUUGAGCAUUUAAAAAACAUGUAAAUGCGGAAUGAGCUUGGGGCUCUUGAUGGAAUAUUGUGUUACUGUUUACCUUUUUACAUGGUUGGUUGGGCACAAAAAACCUUAAAAACAACUCCAGAUGCCCAACACCAAACCACACUAACACCAUUCUAUGUAAAUAAAUGAUUACAGUAAUUUCUGUUAGCAAGACACUGCAGUGCUAGUAUAUAAAGAUAACAAGAAGCAGUAAUCUAAAGCUAGUGAUCUCAUGGCAUAGGUUAUCCACUUGACUGUUUGGGUAUCACUAAAUGGUGCUUCUGGAAUGCAGGAACAUUUUUUAAUUUUGUUUUUCCAGUAAAUUUCAGCUCAUGAUUCACAGGUGACAUAAGAGUUUGGUGAUAUUUUCAGAUUGUCUAGAGUCUACACUGAUCAAACCCAGAUUCAGACUCAGCCGGACGCGUUCUGCAGGCACAAACACAGACGUUUAAUCAGCACAAAGACACAAAGAGCCACAGUGUGGAUCCUUUCUGCUAUCCAGGGAUACAGACAAAACACAUACACAAUCUGUGUGUUCACUGUCUUCCAAGUUUAAUAUAUGAAACUUAUAUCAGAAAGGACUCAACAAAAAACUUAUGUAAGACCCUUCCCCAGCUCAUCACAGAAUUACACAUCAUUACGUCUACAAAAAUGGAGUCAAAUGAAUGUGUUGAAGCCCAAAAACAAUGAUCAGCAAAAGUCUGCACUGAGAAGUUGAACAUAUGCAGCAUAUUACCUGCAGGUCUUCAUCUAACAGCUCACUGUGGUGUAUCCUUCUCAUUGCUUUACUUCAACAUUUCAGACUGAUUUGUUCUGAGAUUGUUACAGAAAUGACUGUUCAUUUCUGAUGAACAAUUGCAGUAAGUGCUAAGGUCUAAGUUGCUUUUGCUGCAACCACUCCAAAAUAAAAGUCUACUCAUGUUUCGUUUUGAACUUGCCAUUGUCUGAUGACAAUUUCAGCAAUAGCUUGAACCAGCAUUUAAUAAAGCACUUACAGGCUUUUUACGUUGUGAUGUUGGGUGGUAAUAUAAUGGGUUACUUAAUGCUGUUUUUCUGCUUUGUUUUCAAGUUUUCAACUUUUCCCUGUGCAUUUUCCCAAAGACCUCUUUGACAACCACUCCCCAAAGUGUCCCCAAAGCCAACAACAGAGGUCACUGUUAGCAAUCAGUUUUUAUAUUUUAGUGUGGAUGCUUUAGUUUAUUGUAGUGGACAGUUUGCAGACAGUAUUUGUGAUGGAAGUUCCUCUCUGUGUUGUCACACUAUGUCACAGGUCAAAAUAUUGAAGAGAACAACGAGUUUAUAUAGAAUCUAGAAUAAAUGGGUGAAUAAAGUUCAUCAUUCAUUUGAUUGGUUUGCCAAGUUCUCCACUUGGACUGGUACAUGCUCCCAUCAGUCCUGUACACCCAGUGGAAAAAGACGCUUUUUGGAAUCUUGAUGUUGGAGAUGUGUGGUUUCAUGGAAUAUAUUUCGACUACUCAUGUUUCAUAGAAUAUAUUUGUAUGAAACAUAUUUUCAGAGGUUGUGUUUAUCAAUAUGCAGUGUUCACACAAAGACAAUCCAAUUCAGUUUGUAAACUGUCCAUUCUGUAAAUCUGUUUUUAUGUAGAUGAAUUAUAAUAUCAGAAUUAUAUACAAUGCUUAGAGAUUCUUUUAACAUGCAGUAUUGUGCAAAGGUUUGAACUACUAAUGUUAAAGUGAGGAUGAUUUCAAAAAAAGUUUGUAUUUAUUAUGAUUAUGUCAUUGAAAGUGCAGUAAACCAAUACUAGAUGCAAAUCUACAGUUACUGUAAGUCAGUAAAGUAGCUGAUGGAGACUGUGCUUAUUUCCAUUUAAAGUGGAUUAUUUGAACUAACUCUUCAACUAAGCUUCUUCUGGGAAAUAAAAGUCUGAGUCAGAUGAGAAGAUGACAUUGAAACAAAUAUAGCAUAGCCUCAUCAAAAAAUAAAAUACUAUUUCCAACCUCUUAAACACCACAUGGUUUUGCUUAUAUCCUUUUUCAAAUGCAGCCCCAUCUUUUUGAUGGCAUGUCUCAAGUUCUGACGUGAAAUGAUGUGGUCAAAAGUAAUAAACAAGGCUGUUGGAAAGAUCUAAUGUUUUUACAGUUAGAUUUAAGAUCCAAUACUUUUGCAAUGUGAAGUUCGAGCCUCCUCUGGUCAACACCAGACAUGUUUGACAUGAGUGUAUUUGAUCAGGGACCAUGGGCCUGAGUUUCUGUUACUACAUUUUGGAAAACAACCAAAAAAAAAAAAAAAAUAGCUUGUUGUCUUUGCAUUGAAUUCUUGACAGGGAAAGCCAUGCAAUGUAGUGGAGUGUGUGUUUCUCCCAUAAAGUUAUAGCUUCUUGUAUCAAAUAUUUUUCAGGUGUGGCGUUGUCUUAUGAAGCAGCUAUGGAAAUUUUACAGAUGUAGAAAAUAAAAUCCAAGUAGGACACGUGAUAAGAACACACACACACACACACACACACACACACAUAUAUAUAUAUAUAGUUUUCCCCCUUUUAAAUAAGACAUGAGACUGCUGACUUUUACUUAAUAUGCACUUCAUCUGCUCUUCUGGGGUCCUUAAUGUGAACUGAGAUUUGGGGAUUUGAAAAAAUUAUCGUUGACACAUUCGACACAUUCUGAAAUAUUUGUUGAUAAUUCAAAUGAAGGCUGCUCUGUAUUAGUGGGAAUACCCCACCUGGAAAUAUUUCUUGCUAGAAAGUCAAUCUAAUUUAUUGGCUACAAGGAGACAAAAGCGGCUAACAGGAGACACAGAUCAACAGAAAAAUGAUAGCAUUAAAUGAUCGUAGUGGAGGUAUUUUAUUUUGGAUGAAGCAAGUUAGGGUAAAAACAGCCAAGAGCUACUGGACCACAGAGACAAAAACAGAUGAACUGAUCAAUUCAUCUUCUCUUCUCACUCUUGGUAAAAUUAAGAACGAAUUUUCAUUUUUCUGGAGGGCAUCAACAUGAGCAAAGUGUUUGGUUUGACAGAAUCAUGUAAUACACACUGUGAGGACCUUUUACUGUGUUCUGUGUAUAUAUAUAUGUAUAUAUAUAUAUAUAUAUAUAUAUAUAUAAUGAAUGUUUAUAAUUGAAACCUAAAUACACGUCUAUGCUCAGCCUUUAUGCAAAUAGUUUAUUUCUAUUUUUAUUUCUCUGCCUAAAUCAAACCUAUGCAUGCCUUUGACAGUUUGUCAGUUUAAAAACCCAUUCUGUUUAAUUUCUUGUAAAUAAGUGUUUUCUGAUUUUGUAAGAUCAUGUCUCUCAUUGGCUUCAGCUUCCUGCGUGGUUGGAGACCUAAUAAAGGACUUCUUCUACUGUGUUGAGACAUCA